AUGAUGUUAACGCCAUGCCUUGGAAUCAUCUUUCAAAGAGUUGCCGAUAGAAAGAUCGCCGGCCACAAACUGUUUCUGAGCUUCAUUGAGGAGAACCGAGCAAGUUUCUGGAAUGUGGAAUUAGUAGAAGCAGUUGAGUUUUUGAGGUACAUUGGGUACCUGAAACCCUCAACGCUAUUCGUUACUUCAAAGAACGACCGGUACAUGCAGGUCUUGCGUGAUGCUUGGACUCGACGUUUCCUGAAGCCUGCUAACGGAUACAAAAUCGAGUCUCUUUGUAAAUAUUUUGCCGUUACAAUGUUUAAUCCUCGCCAGGAGAUUUUCUGA